AUGCAAGCUGCUCCAGCUCCCAAGUCUCUCCUCGGCCGCUAUCGGCUGCUGGCCCCGACGGCUGGCAUCAAGGUGAGCCCGCUGUGUUUGGGAACGAUGAACUUUGGGACAGGCUGGCAAGGAAGAAUGGGCGAAUGCGACAAGGAGACCUCGUUCAAGAUCCUGGACACGUACUAUGAGAACGGAGGCAACUUCAUCGACACUGCUAACAACUACCACCUCGGCGAAUCUGAGAUCUGGCUGGGUGAGUGGCUGCAAGCGCGCGGGGUGCGCGAUCAGAUCGUCCUGGCCACCAAGUAUACCUCGGGUUUCCGCUUGCACGCCCCCUCGGAGCUCCAGCCCAACUUUGUGGGUAACAAUGCGAAGAGCCUGAAGUUGUCAGUAGAGGCUAGUUUGAAGAAUCUCCAGACGGAUUACAUCGACUUGCUGUACGUCCACUGGUGGGAUUUCAGCACCCCCAUCGAAGAGGUAAUGACCUCGCUCAACCAUCUGGUGACUGCGGGCAAGGUGCUGUACCUCGGAAUCAGCGACACGCCGGCGUGGGUGGUGAGCCGAGCGAACCAGUACGCCCGCGACCACGGCCUCCGCCCUUUCUCCGUCUACCAGGGCCAAUGGAAUGCCGCCAAGCGCGACCUGGAGCGCGAAAUCAUCCCCAUGUGCCAUGCCGAAGGAAUGGGCCUGUGCCCAUGGGGCUCCCUCGGCAGCGGCACCUUCAAAACAACCGCCCAGCGCAACGAGAUCGCCAAGUCCGGCAACCCGGGCCGGCAGCUGGCGCCCAGCGAGACUGACGUGGCCGUGUCCAAGGUGCUGGAUGGCAUUGCGGCGCGGCACCAAACGGCGCUGACGAGUGUGGCCAUGGCAUACGUGAUGCGCAAGGCCCCUUAUGUUGUCCCGAUUGUCGGUGGCCGCAAGGUCGAGCACCUGCUGGGCAAUAUCGAGGCUCUGGGUCUGGAGCUCUCCGAUGCCGAUGUCGCGGAGAUCGAGUCGGCCUAUCCAUUUGAUCUGGGAUUCCCGCACACUUUCCUGUUCCGUGGCGAGAACAAGGAGUCGCACCCUGGUAACUCGACUUUCUUGAAUAUGGCGGCCAAGUUUGACUACCUGGAUCUGCCCCGGGCAUUGGCCCCGAAGAAGCUGGAUGCGUGA